GUUCUUGCGUGUGAGCUGUUUGUAAACAAACUUUUGCCGGACAGUCUCGUGUCGCGUCGCGUUCUCCAAACUAUCGUUGUUCACAUUGUUGCUCUCACUGUGAAAGAACUCCGUGCGCGUGCGUGCGUGACUUGCUCAAAAUUAAUCGUGACAUUUUUCACGCCCCUUUCUCUACAGCAUCCCUGGAAAAAAGUGCAGGAAAAACUACCCAGACUAAAAAACAAGAAGCAGAGCAUAGCCGUCGCCAGGAUCAUCUCCGCAAUCUUCAAGGGUUGUUGGCCUUUUUUGUCUGGAUUUAAUUAAACCAUCAAACCAAAAAUGAACACUUUGCUCAUAUUGUCCACCCUGGUGACAGUCAUCGCAGCACAGGGCAUCGGAAAGGACUACACCACACCGGUUCCGAUUUUGAAGCAGCUCAAUCGCCACAACGAGGACGGCAGCUAUAGCUACGGGUACGAAGCGGCGGACGGGUCGUUCAAGAUUGAAACCAAGUAUCCGACGGGGGAAGUCCAGGGCAAGUACGGCUACAUCGACGACAGUGGAAAACUGCGCGAGAUUGAGUAUGGUGCCAGCAAGCGGGGCUUCGAACCUGCCGGUACUGACAUCAACGUUCCGCCACCAACGCUGACCAACACUAACUACCCGGCGCUGGGCCCGAACGAGGAAGAUGACGGUCAGUAUCGCGAAGAUCCCAGCAUCUACUACAAGGACGAUCGCUACAACAGCAAGCCAACGGCUCCAGCCUACGCGCCACGUCCAGCCCCGGUUCAGUACAACCCAGCUCCCCAGCAGUACUACCAGAACAACGUUGGCCAGGCUCCGGCUCCAGCGGCUCCGGUCUACCAGCAGCCCCAGCAGCAGCAGCAGCAACACCGAUUCCAGCCGCAGCCCCAGUACUACCAGCAGCCACAGCCGCAGCAGCGUGCCGACUACUGGCACCCGAACGCCAAAGUAGACAUCAACACCGGAUCGUACUCGCUCAGUUAUGGCGGCUAACUCUCCGGCGAUAAGUUGCCCUUAUAGUUUUAGGUUUAAAACUUCCGCGUGAACCAUUCCCGGGUGUGCGCGUGUCCCUAAGUCAAUCACAACAACUGCCGUACAUGCCAAGAACUUUGAACCUUGUUGUUCUAGAAACAAUGUAAGAAGUCAGCCUAUUUUUUGAAUUAGUCUGUGUUUUUUUUGAAAAGAUUUCUUCGCCUUCCUGGAACGAAUCUGUCAGGGAACGUGUAGGUAUUGUAAAGAUGCUCUUAGAAUAAACGAUAAUUUUAAAGUGAA